AUGGCUAGAAAGAAGCUUAGGCAUACUAGAAUCCGUAGUGAAAGUGUGAGAAACUCCAUCCUAAACAAAAGAGCAGCAAGUUUGUUUAAGAAAGCAGAAGAGUUUUCUAUUUUAUGUGAUGUAGCAGUUGCUGUAAUUAUUUUUAAUCAAGGGGAAAUUCAACCCAUUGCGUAUCCAUCUAUAACUCAGGCUAAGGAUAUAUUAAUGAGCUAUUUAAGUUUUUCUGAGGCCGAGAGGCUUAAGAAGUUAGUUAAACAUGAAACAUAUCUUUUAGAAAAAGUUAAUGAGCAAGAAGAAAAAAUUAGCAAAAUUGAGAAAUUGAAUGAGGGGAAGGAAAUGGAUAUCCUAUUCAACCAACUUGUGGAGGGAAAGAAUACUAAUGAACUUGAUGCUAGACAACUUAAAGGUCUGUUAAAGUUGUCUGCUGCUAAGAUGGCUAAACUUAAUGAAAGAAAGAAACAAUUCAAUCAACAGGAUCAACCAUCUGAAUCUCUAUACCGUCCCUCUGAUUUCAAGCCCGUGUGCGAAAAUGUUGCUAAUCAAACUAGUGAUUUGCAGGAUUUUGUCCCAGCAACAAAUUUAAUGGAGGAUUUGAUUAAUAAUCCGUGGUUUGUUGAGAAUAUGGCUGCUGACCAAAAUGAGUUUGGUACAGAGUCUGCACCAGAGGAAGGCAAUGACAACAAUGCUGGAGAUGAUGGAAAUCCUGAGGACCUCAAUUGA